AUGAAUAACCCCAGCGGAGGCUCCUCGCAGGCCCCCGUCCUGCCUGCGCCGCUACCGCAGGCCCCCCACUACCUGUUCCAGUACCCUAUACCGACCAAACCGUCCUCGUUGAACAGUCAGUACGCCUACGUGGCGUCGCCCCCCACCUCCAAACACAACAACGACACUUCCUCGUCGCCUCAUGUGUGUAGCGGACCUCCCUCGCUCGACGAUAUAGUCAACCAGUGCUUUCUUCGCGCCAUCAACCAUCCCACAGACGCUACCAAACAACAGUGCGUGGCCCAGUUUGAGCGGCUCGUGGCCAAACUCCACUGCCAGGAAAACCUCCGCUUCCUCAUCGAGGUCUACAAGUACGAAUACUACUACGAUCGCAUCUUUCCCUUCGUCAACACCAACCACACAUCCAAACCCAGGCGCGAUCGUCUCAACAACACCCCCAGCCCCAGCAUCAGCCAGUACUUGCACAGCGACCACAUGCGCAAAACGCCGUCCAAAGACGACCUCAACGCGUUCUACAGCAACAGCAUCAACACCAGCAUUAACAACCUCAACCUCGCGGCACCUGAGUCGGUGGACGACGUGUUCGUGUCGACCAUAGACGAUCUCGGCACGUCCCAAGAGCUCUCAGAGCAGAACACCAAAGCAUGGGACGACAUGUUCCAGCGUAACGUCAACGAAGACCUGGAAGACGACGAAGACCACAAUGACGUGCACAUCAGCGACUUUGACCAGGACAUCCUCUCGUCCCAGUGGGGCCUCAUCAUCUCCAACUAUAUCGUCAACGACGCCCCCGAACAGAUCAACUUGUCGGAGCAGCUCUACAAAGAGAUCUUGCUCGAGACCAACGUCGACUGCGUGCAUCCGCCAGGUAUCUUGCUCAAGGCCAAAAACGAGGUGCUCCAGUUAAUCAAAGAAAACGCAUACCUCACCUAUCUCCACCAGCAUAAGUCCGAAGCCACGGCUUCCCCCAUCACAUCACCUCCGUUAAGCGUAUCGGCGCCUCCGCCACAGUCGCCCGCAACCUCUCUCGGACCAUCCCUCCAGAGCCCCAUCUCCAAGUUGCAGGCAUCGCCUUCGUCCCUCAAGUUCGAUCCACACCACGACGACCCCAUUGUCAACGUACCCAAGGCAGCCUCCACCAUAGCAUCUCCUCUCCUUUCCCCCACCACCUCCCAUACCCAAUCCCACUCCAAGUCCAAAAAGAAGCGGUUUCUCCACAAACCCACCCCUACGCACACCGUGAUGAACGAAGCAUUGUCCAGCAACUCGUCGUCCUCAUCCUCCAUCUCCAAUUUAUUGGGCCACCUCAAACUAUACCAUAACCACCACACCCACGGAGCCUCUCACUCGCCCAACUUUUUGCACUCGGUAUCAACCACCUUGCACUCGUUGAGUGGGAGCCCCAUGCAUGAUGACGACGAACCAUCCGGGUCUGGUCUCAAAUUUUGGUCGAAGAAGAAACACGACCGUGUAUAA